AUGGCAAGGACGGUUAGGCCGGGCGGGCGAUCCACCGAAUUGUGCCUCUCCUUUUCGGGGCACGGCCGAGCUGGCCACACGGAGUCGCAGCAGAUUUUUCCUGCCGACCAAUCACCAUCCUCUGCUCCCGAAAAGGCAGCUCGCAGUUGCAGAGAGGAGGCAAAAGCCGUGCCAUGGCCUGAUGGCCUGAUGGCCAGGACGGACCGGAUUCAUCCGACACGCGCGGACCCAGCAAGACAACGCGAACGAGAGACACAGAGAGACAGAGGAGGGAUCAUCCAUCCAUCCAUGGAGAACCUUAAGGAGCAGCGGGGCCACGACGCGGCGGGCGCCGACAACGCCUGGAUGACGGUGCCGGCGUUCGGGGACUGGGACAUGAAGAACGGCGCGCUGCCGGACUACUCCAUGGACUUCUCCAAGAUCCGCGAGAUGCGCAAGCAGAACAAGAAGGAGCUCUCCCGCGCCAGCCUCGGCGGCGACGACGACCUCCUCGCCCACGCCCAGGCCCAGAAGCCGCAGGCCAACAACGCCCAGCCCAAGGUCGGCGGCCCCCGCCCCGCCGACGACCGCCGCCGCCGCCCGCUCCACGCCCGCGACCACUCCCCAACGGGAGGGAAGAAGUUCCUGAGCUACUUCCAGUGUUGUAUCAAGGCCUGA